AUGGAUACCCCGUCGUCCUCCUCCAGCGAGGGUAUCAACGACUUCACUUCUAAGCUCGUCUACUUCAGCAACGAGUUUCCCAACGAUGACCUUCAAGACCUAUUUCGACGUCUGCAGAGAAAUAGUAAAGAUAGGCGAUUUAGGCAGCUGUCGAUCUUCUUGGACGAGGCAACUACGGUUGUGAAAGAAGAAGCACUGAAACUCCCACAGGCACAACAAGAUCUCCUUCCCCAAUUCUCGUCGGUAUUGCAGUUGGUAGACAAUGGAGAGUUCCGACAAGGCCCUCUGGGUGGAGCCUUGGAAAGUGCUCUUCUCUGCGUUCUGGAGAUCGGAAUGUUCAUUGCUCACCAUGAAUCAAACAAUCUUUCCCUUGAUCUUCCAAAAACUAGCACAACCCUAUCUGGCCUGAGUAUCGGGUUGUUUGCAGCUGCGGCAGUCUCAGUAUCGUCGUCGUUGCCAGAAUUAGCCCUCACAGGAGCAGAGAGCGUGAGGGUAGCAUUCAGGCUCGGUGUUCACGUGGAAGGCGUGUCGCAAUCGCUCGAACCUCGCCCAGCGGAUGGAAAUUCCGAUAGCUGGGCUUAUGUUGUUACGGGUGUCAGCGCGGAGGAAGCUCAAAGCGAGCUUGAUCAAUUCAACGCAGAGAGCGUCAGUAGAUUUGUGCCUCCAAAUUCAGACGUCACUAAUGUAUUCCCAAGUCUAACCCUGUCCUCACUAAGUGCUUCAGACAAGAAUUCUGUUAGCAUCACUGGACCACCAUCGCGCCUGAAGAACGCCUUCCGACAUUCACAGCUCCUUCGUUACUCAAAGCAUAUGCCACUACCAGUGUACAAUGGCCUUUGCCACGCGCCACACGUCUACAGUGAAGAAGACAUCAGCGCUAUUGUCAAAGGCUCGGAGCCAAAAUGCAGCACCACACGCAAAAUCCAGCUCCCGCUAUUCUCGCCAGAGACUGGUAAGCCAUACCCAGCUCAAGAUGCCGGGUCUCUCUUCGAACAAAUCUGCACGGAGAUUCUGACAGGCACGAUCUACCUUGACAACCUAACAAAUGGUGUACUCAAGGAUGUCUCAAGCACCGGGAGACCUGAAUGUCUAGUAUACCUUUUCCGAGUAUCCCUCAUCGCGAAGAGCUUCCUCUCAGUCAUUGAGUCGGAGUUGUCCCACGUAACAGUGGUCAAAUAUGACUUGAUAGAUUGGGCGUUCAAGCAGCCCGCGACAGCCAUUCCGCGAUCUCCCAAACAAUCCAAGCUGGCCAUUGUUGGAUACUCAUGUCGAUUGCCAGGAGGCGCAGACGACAAUGAGCUUUUCUGGCAGCUUUUGAAGGAAGGACGAGACGUUCACUCUGAAGUUCCUGCGGACCGAUUCGAUUUGAGUACUCAUUAUGACCCAACUGGGAAAACGCCAAACGCGACACAGACACCUUUUGGGAACUUCAUAAAUCAGCCAGGACUGUUUGACGCUGGUUUCUUCAACAUGUCUCCAAAAGAGGCCGAGCAAACAGACCCAAUGCACCGUCUCGCACUUGUAACCGCGUAUGAAGCACUGGAGAUGUCGGGAUAUGCUCCAAAUAGGACCCCCUCAACUAACCUCAAGCGCGUCGGAACCUUCUACGGCCAAGCAAGCGACGACUGGAGAGAACUAAACGGCGGCCAAAACAUUGGCACUUAUGCCGUACCUGGAGGUGAAAGAGCUUUCGCCAAUGGCCGAAUCAAUUACUUCUUCAAGUUUGGCGGACCAAGUUUCAACAUUGAUACCGCUUGCUCAAGCGGUCUUGCUGCUGUCAAUUCAGCUUGCUCGGCACUUUGGUCGGGCGAGGCAGACACCGUACUCGCAGGUGGUCUUAGCGUUAUCACUAACCCCGACAACUACUGCAUGUUGUCACAAGGUCAUUUCCUAUCCAAGACCGGCCAAUGCAAAGUCUGGGACAAGGGCGCCGAUGGCUACUGCCGUGCUGAUGGUAUUGGCUCGGUCGUUAUUAAGAGACUCGAGGACGCCGAGGCUGAUAAUGACAAUAUCAUCGCCACUGUUUGCAGCGCAUUCACAAACCACUCUGCGGACGCUCUCUCGAUCACACAGCCACACGCUGGUGCUCAGAGGGAAAACUAUACGCAAGUUAUGCAAGAUGCAGGUGUUAAUCCCUUGGACGUGAGCUACGUUGAACUUCACGGUACCGGUACACAGGUCGGCGACGCAAUCGAAUCCGAAUCGGUAUCAGACGUGUUUGCUCCUCUGGUCCCUCGACGACGGGCUGAUCAAAGACUUCACCUCGGUGCGGUAAAGUCUAAUAUCGGUCACGCUGAAGCUGCCGCUGGUAUUGCAUCGCUACUGAAAGUCCUACUGGUCUACCAGAAGGGCGAAAUACCCCCACAUGUUGGAAUCAAAUCGGAGUUCAAUCCCAUCCUUCCCAAGGACCUGGACAAACGUAAUGUCGGUCUCAAUCUAGAGCUUGUUCCUCGGCCUCGGAUACCAGGCAAGAACCGCUACACUAUCGUCAAUAGCUUUGGUGCCCAUGGUGGAAACACCACGAUGUUGCUAGAAGAUGCUCCCGAGAAAAUAAAAUCAGGAGAAGAUCUGCGUCCUAACUUCCCCGUCGCAAUAUCUGCGAAGAGUAAGAUUGCUUUGAAGAGUAACGUCGAAGCAAUGAUAUCGUAUCUGGACCAGAACCCUGAGAUUGACAUUGGUGACCUCUCUUAUACCACGUGUGCAAGACGUAUCCAUCACAAUUUCCGUCUCGCAACAUCAGUCGCAGGCACGGCGCAGCUACGGAAGUUCCUAGAGACCUCAGUCGAAAAGGCAGGUAAUCUCCGCCCCGUCGGAGCCCCUCCUGUUGCAUUCGCCUUCACUGGGCAAGGUGCCUUCUACAAAGGUAUCGGCUCUCAAUUAUACAAAGACUUUCCAGCUUUCCGCACGCAAGUCCAGCAACUCGAUCAACUUGUGCAGCAAUUUGGUUUCCCUUCAAUCACUACAGCCGUGGAAGGCUCCGUUGGGGACGGCGUAUCUCCUCUCGUCACACAGCUUACGAUUGUUGUUAUCGAAAUCGCAUUGGCGAGAUUCUGGGCUCUGUUUGGUAUUACUCCUAGCGCAGUCAUCGGCCACAGUCUCGGUGAGUAUGCCGCUAUGGUCGUAGCGGGUGUGAUGUCCGCUGCCGACGCAAUCUUCUUGGUAGGCAAGCGAGCAGAACUCGUCCUCGCAUCAGCCGAGAUCGGGAGCCACAUCAUGUUGUCGGUCCGAGCAAGCGUGAAAAAUAUCAAAGAAGCUGCUGGUCAGAACAAAUCGUACGAAGUGUCCUGCAUCAAUGGACCUGACGAUACAGUCAUCAGCGGUCUUCGCAGUGAUAUCCAAGCUACCCGUGCAUCAUUGGAAGCCAAAGGACACAAAUGCAUGGAAUUAGACGUUCCAUUUGCGUUCCACACUGCACAGAUGGAUCCAGUGCUGGAACCUUUCGAGCAGAUUGCGAAACAUGUCGCUUUCAAAGCACCUAGCGUCCCUAUCCUUUCUCCUCUCCUUUGUGACGCCAUUUUUGAUGACAAGACCGUCAAUGCGAGCUAUCUCUGUCGUGCUACGAGGGAGACUGUCGACUUCGUUGCUGCUCUUGAGGCCGGUGAGGAUCUUGGCAUCAUUGAAGACAAGACUCUGUGGGUUGAUAUUGGACCACAUCCAAUCUGUGGUUCGUUCAUCCGCAGUUGCGUGAAAGACGCUCGAGUCAUCCCCUCGUUGCGCAAGAACGAAGAAAAUUGGGCAUCUGUGACUAGCAGUCUGGCCGCUUUACACUCCGAAGGCCUUUCUAUCUGCUGGAACGAAUACUUCCGAGACACUGAAAGAGCCCACACCCUACUCGAACUUCCCAAGUACCAAUGGAAUGAGAAAGAUUAUUGGAUACAGUACGAAGGCACAUGGACCCUCGAUAAAGCCUUCCCUCAUGGCAGUUCAAACAAGGCAAGCUUGAGUGCAUUCGGAGCUAGUGGAUCCUCCCUGAGGACCUCAUCAAUACAUCAAGUGAUAUCAGAAGAGUUGCAAGACACCACUGGCACUCUGAUUGCGAUCUCAGAUCUUAUGCACCCAGAUCUCUUGGCCGCUGUAUGGGGCCAUAAGAUGAACGAUAACGGUGUCGCCACAUCUUCUAUCUGGGCCGACAUGGCUGCCACAGUCGCUGAACAUCUCUACAAGAGCGUACAGCGAAAAGCCAAAGACGUCUAUCUCGACGUCGCAGAAAUGGAAGUCCUCCAUGCUCAAAUCGCGCAGAAAGACACCAGCAGCGCUCAACUAAUACAACUCGAAGCCACCAUCGACCUCGGCGCACAAGCCACUCAGAUCUAUUGGUAUACUAUCGAUGCAGAAGGCUCCCGCUCAGAAGCACACUUUGCAUCCGCUACCGUCCGCUACUCCAGCCCAAAGAAAUGGCACACAGAAUGGGACCGCGUCUCGCACCUUGUCCAGGGCCGCAUCGAAUCUCUCUCGCGUAUGGCAGCCGAGGGCGAAGCCAACCGCCUUAACAAAAAUAUGGCUUAUACCCUCUUCAAGAACGUGGUCGACUACACCGAAAAAUACCGCGGCAUGCAAUCCGUCGUGCUCAACGACCACGAAGCCUACGCGGACAUCACCCUCUUCCCCGAGCGCCACGGCAAAUGGCACACGCCCCCGCACUGGAUCGACAGCGUCUGCCAUCUCGGCGGCCUGAUACUCAACGGCUCUGACGCCCAAAACACCAAAGACUUCUUCUACGUCACCCCCGGCUGGGACAGCUUCCGCCUCUCCAAGCCCCUCGAGGCUGGCGGCAAAUAUCGCAGCUAUGUCAAGAUGUUCGAGACUGGUGAGACAAAUAUGUAUGCUGGCGACGUGUAUAUCUUGCAGGACGAGACCGUCAUCGGCAUGAUGGGCCAGAUGACCUUCCGCAAGGUCAAUCGCGUGCUGAUGAAUCAAUUCUUCUCUGCCCCUGACGCGGGCAAGAAAGCCUCCUCUGGUGCGGCUGGUGAAGCGGCGCCGAAACCAAAAGCCGCUGUCCCGAAGCCUGCGCAGAAGAAAGAAGAAGCGCCCGCUGCGCCGCCGGCGGAGAAGACAAAACCCCUGCCUGAGCCGAAACAGGCGAAGGAGGAGCCGAAACCUGCUGCUGCGGCUGCGGCCGCACCAGCAAAGGCAAGCGUGGAAGACAAUAUCAUUGGCGAUGCGCUGAAGUUGAUUGCAAGGGAGACGGGCCUAGAGGCCGAGGAGUUGACUGAUGAUGCCAGCUUUGUGGAGCUGGGGGUGGAUAGUCUGAUGAGUUUGGUCCUGAGUGAGAAGUUUAAGAGUGAGUUGCAGGUGGAGGUUAAGAGUAGUUUGUUCAUUGAGUGUCCGAGUAUUGGGGAGAUGAAGGGGUGGUUGGAACAGUUUUGUUAG